UUGACAAACUGAUAUUUAAUGCAAAACUGGUUGAUGAGAAGUGUCACUUCAGUCAAAUUGAGUUAUUUUGUCACGUUUUUAAUAUUAAUCAGUUGUUGAAAUUACUAGUAUUCUGACCGAUGGCAUAUGACAUCACCAUCUUCUUGAUCUGGGGUUGGGUCCUGGGGAGAAUGUCUGAGACUUUACAGUCAGGUAAUGGCUUUGACUUUCCACUGACUGGAGGGGAAGAAACUGAGGAGGGCUUCGGCCAUGAGGAUGCUGGCAUUGUCUUUCAGCCUAAAUAUCCUGCAAGUCUUCCAGUUCUGGAGUUUCCAAAGCCUUUGGUAGGUCUGGUGAGAAGGAAAAGGGAUUGGGUCGUUCCUCCCAUCAACUUCCCAGAGAACGACAGAGGCCCUUACCCCAAGAUUAUGGUGCAGAUUAGGUCCAACAAUGAUAAAGAGAUGAAGAUCCAGUACAGCAUCACUGGUUCUGGAGCAGAUCAACCCCCUGUGGGACUGUUCAUUGUGGACAGAAACUCUGGGUAUCUCUAUGUGACCCAGCCUUUGGACAGAGAGAGACAAGACAAACAUCUGCUUUUGGCUCAUGCUGUUGCAGUUGGUGCGGGUAUAGCAGAAGACCCCAUGGAGAUCAUUGUUAGAGUAAUUGAUAUGAAUGACAACAAGCCGGUUUUCACUCUAGUUCCUUUUAAAGGGCUUGUCCCUGAAGCAUCCAUACCAGGCUUUGAGUUCAUGCAGGUCACAGCCACCGAUGCAGAUGAGCCUGGCUCAGCCAAUUCUGAUGUCAGAUACACUAUUAUAAAUCAGGAACCUGAACUGCCGAGUCCCAACAUGUUUGUCAUGAACCCUGUCACAGGAGCGAUUCAGGUCAAUGCUGCUGGACUGGACAGAGAGAAUAUUCCAAAAUAUACAUUGGAAAUCCAAGCUGUUGAUUUGGAGGGCAAUGGUCUGACAUCUUUCGGAAAAUCCAUUAUUACUGUAGCGGACAGCAAUGACAUAGCUCCUGAAUUUGAGAAGUCUUCGAACACGGUGUCUGUCCCAGAGAAUAAAGUGAAUGCCCUGGUGGUCAAAAUGCCAGUGAGUGAUGGAGAUGAGCCACACUCUUCCAACUGGGCCACCAAGUACAGGAUUGUAGAUGGAGACCCAGGUGGAAUGUUCACUGUAAGCACUGGACCUAGCAGACUGGAAGGAAUCAUUACCACAGCCAAGCCCCUUGACUUUGAGAAGAACAAUCACUACACCCUGUUGGUGACUGUGGAGAAUGAGGUCCCAUUUGCCACCACCCUGCCCACCUCCACUGCCACAGUCCAGGUGAAUGUGGAGGAUAGGAAUGAUGUCCCUGUCUUUGACCCAGUGGAAAAGUUUUUUUCCGUAUCUGAACACCUGCCAGUGGACAGUGAUUUGGUUCUGUAUACAGCCAUUGAUCCAGACAUCAUGGCACAUAAACUCAUGUAUCGCAUGGACAGAGAUCCUGCUAAAUGGCUGGACAUCAACAACGAGACCGGAAUGAUCAAAACCAAACACCCCCUGGACAGAGAAUCUCCCUUUGUCAAAGAUGGCAAAUACAGAGUUGUCAUUCUCGCCAUCAAAGAUGAAAUCCCUGCCACUGGAACUGGAACCAUUCUGAUAGAGCUGGAAGAUGUAAACGACAAUGCUCCGACUAUUGAUGACACCCCGUUGAAGCUCUGUAACCAAGACCCCCGUCUAGUGCAUUUAGCUGUGACAGACAGAGACGGUCCAGGCUUUGCUGAACCCUUCAGUGUAGAACUUCUGGAAGGGUCCAAUAUGUAUUGCACUGCCCAAAUGGACAAAACAGGAACUGUGGUUGAAUUAACAUUCAAGGCCAUGAGGGAGCAGAGAAACUUCUACAUUAAUCUGAGGGUCACUGAUGCUGGCGGGCUGAACCAAGACCAUGUCAUUCACGUCACCAUGAACGAGGACAGCUGCAUGACCUGGAGGGAUUUCUGUGUUAGACCCUGACAUAUAUGACAUUUUCUUAGCAUUUUUAUAGCUUGCAGAGCUGAAUUGCUUGUUUUGGGAAGGGUGUCACUUUAUUUGACAGCAGAGGUAUGUCAUAAAGGCAGAAAUGAGUAGAAAAAUUCACAGCUAAUUUGCCCGUAUUUUUUCCAUCAAAGUACUGAAAAUUUUUCGGAAUUACUUAUGUCAAGACAUGUUUUUUAGUUCACAUUUUCUAUUUGUGUUUGCUAGCUGUGUGUGCAUUUUUACAUUUCAAUGCAAAUAUGGGUUUGUAUACAUUUCCUAGGGAACUGUUGAGAUAUUUUACCAUUGUUGAGAAGGUUGCUUGUUUUUUAUUUCCAUGGAGAACAUGAUCAUUUGCAUGCUUGCAGAGAGCUUUAUGCAUGUUUCUAAUUUAAAUUGAAUAAAGCCUUUUUGGUUCAUUCUCA